AUGUCGGCUCCAACAGGUGCGCAUUCUUUGUUCCUUGGACGUAGCAGUGUCUUGCGUCUUGCUGCGCGAGAACCCUACGUUCAAGCAUGGCGAAAGCAGAGACCGUCGAUCGCUUGUGCCCGCAACGCAUCCACCGCUCACACUACUUCUUUCUCUUCUGCGCCUCCUCUCGAUUCCCAAAUCAUGCAUCGAUCGCACGCCAACGAUCUUCCAUGGCUGCUUGCUCCGAAUGCUCCUAUUCGUCGUCAAUAUUUUCACGGAACUUCUCCGGCACGCCUGCUUCAUCGUCCACUUCCACGCCCGCAGAGACAGCCUCCUACAGGCUCAACCACACCAUGUUCCGCAUCAAGAAUCCGGAAAUUAGUCUUCGUUUCUACACCGAGGUGAUCGGCAUGGAAUUGAUCAACGAGCACGAUGCGGGCGAUUUCAAACUCUUCUUUUUGGCAUUUACACAAAACCAAAAGGGCUUGAACCAGAGUCAUAGAGAGGGUAUCCUGGAGCUCACUUGGAACAAGGGUACGGAAAAGGAUGAGAAUUACAAGGUUCACAAUGGAAAUGAUCAACCUCAGGGUUUCGGUAAGUCUUCGGAUGCGAGCCUUGCUUCUAAGGAGCCCCCCUUACGGCUGACUCGCCUGAUCGUGCAUCUUCCCUGCUCGCAGGCCACAUUGCCAUCUCGUGCGACAAUGUGCAGAAAGCGCAAGACUACCUCUUGUCCAAGGGCGUUCAAUUCAAAAAGAAGCUCGAAGAUGGCAAGAUGCACGAAAUCGCCUUUGCUCUCGACCCAGACGGGUGAGUUCGACUCGCAACGGUUGUUCACAGGCGCGUACAGUCGAUGUUGGCUCACCACUUCAGACUCUGGACAUCUUUGCAGCUACUGGAUCGAGUUUAUCCCUCUCAAAUUCUGA